GAGAGAGAGAGAGAGAGAGAGAGAGAGAUGAAAUUUCAGGACAAUCAACAUUUCAGCCACCAACACAUCCUGAAUGCCCUCGAACUAGAUACAGGCAAGAAAAUUGAUUGCAAUGCCUGUGAAAACCCUAUAACCGAGCCAUUUCAUGGCUGCUAUUCAUGCAAUUACUAUAUUCACGAUCAAUGCCUUAAUAUUCCUCGCUCUCUUCAACACGCUUCUCAUCCCGCUCACCCUUUGACCCUCCUGCCAAAACCUACCUAUUCGAAUAAAUCAUUUUCGUGCAAUGCGUGUGGAUCUCAAGGCAAUGCCUUCAGUUUCAGCUGUCCACACUGUGAAUUUGAUCUCCAUAUUCACUGUGCCAAAUUGCCUGGGAAAAUGCUUAUUGACAAGCACCCGCAUGAACUCAAUCUCUUAUUUGUUUCCCCUUACGAAGAUCAGAAUGUUGCCUUCGAGUGUGAUGAGUGUCAUGGUAUUGCAAACAGAGAUAAUUGGGUGUAUUAUUGCGCUCGUUGUGAUUUUGGGAUGCACUCGAAUUGCACGACUGGUAACGUGACUGGAAAAGAAGCAGCGAAUAGUUCACAAAGCGGUCAUGAACAUUUGAUGGACUCAGUCACUCGCCAAGUUGAGGACAUUCAGGCGUUCAAUGAAGCUCAAGAAACGUUAGCGGCGGCUAGGCUUGAAGCUAAGAUUAAUGCUCGGGGUAGGAAGGCUAUCCUCGACAUGAUCGAUGACUCUGGACCUCGCCGAGAUUAUUAUUACUAUUGAUGUGCUUUUCUUGGCUUAAAAUCAUGAUGAUAAUUAUAAAAGUGUGAACUUGACCGUCUGCAAAUGUUUCUCUUCACUGUUGCUGAAAAAUAAAUGCCUCUUAGGAAAUGAGAGUUUAUAUCUAUUUUCCACGUGUUUUGUCAACUUUUGGUUUUUUUUAUCUUUUUGUAAGUGUAAGUGGUCCCGAUGCGGCCUAGUUUGAAUA